AUGGCGCCAGUCCCUGGAUCAGUCGAGAUUGGUGGUGCUCCACCUGCUGGGGAGACCAAGGUGCGCCGAGCCUUCUGCUCUCCCGACAAGCUGGUCGAGAGACCUACGGGCAACGAUGGCAAGAUCAACACCAUGAGCGACAUUCUUCAAUUCAUCGUAGGCAGUGAGUGCGAAAUUGCAAAAAGAUGUAGCAUUUGGACCGCAUGCAAAAAGCCUCCAUCGCUGACCUAUCCCUUCUCGCUCCCUUGGCUGAAUCGCAGAAUACACCAACAAGCCUUGCAUGGGUUACCGCGAACUCAUCAAGAUUCACAAUGAAGAGAAGGAGGUCACGAAGAAGGUGGAUGGCAAGGAAGUCAAAGGUGAGUCGCGGAAAAGACGCGGCAGCAGUCAAGAGUAGGACCCAACUCGUCCUGUCGAGCUCGAGCUGCUGCUUGCAGUCCGCAGAGUACUAGCAGGCUGCGCUAAGCGCGAUGGCUCGCAGGCCAAAAGCCUUUGAGAUUCUCCACUCAAGGCGUACGGGGCUUCUGACACCGCUUUGAACUCUCCUGACCAUGUAUGCUUGCCCACUUCGGCGCUCCAGAGAAGAAGACUUGGCAACUUCAAGAGCUCAGCGACUACAAGGUAGGUAGGGUGGUCGUCCGGCUUGUCGCACGUAAGCAAGCCGCUGACAUUGCAUGCCACUCUCUGCCCAAAGUACAUUACAUACACCGAGUUCAACGAGCGCGUGCAGAACGCAGCCAGCGGUCUUGCGCACCUUGGCCUGAGCACCUCUACACGAUUCAACAUCUACGGAUCCACCUCGUAAGCGCAAGGUAUUCAAUCAUCAAACUCCAGCCGCUGCUCAUUCACUUUCCUUCUGUCCCCUCUUUGCAGGCUUGACUGGCAAAACCUCGCCCACAGUUGCUUUGCCCAGAAUAUCCCAUUCUGCACUGCCUACGACACUCUGGGCCCAGAGGGUCUUCAGCACUCGCUCGCUGAGCCCGACGUUGUCGGCAUCUUCACCAACCCACAUCUGGUAAAGACGCUGAUCAGCGUGCUUGACGAGACGCCUACUGUCAAGUAUGUCGUCUACAAUGGGGAAUUGGAAGAGAGCCUCCUCUCGCAAUUGCGCGAGAAGCUGCAGAGCCGAGAAGGCUCUCGCGUCCUCAGUCUGGAUGAGCUCAAGGCUGAGGGCAAGGCCAACCCUGCUAAGCCGAACCCACCCAAGGCGGAGGAUGUUGCUUGCAUCAUGUACACCUCAGGCUCCACUGGUAAGCCAAAGGGUGUGAUCCUCACUCACGGCAAUUUGGUUGCUGCGUGCGGAUCAGUGGAGCUUCUUCUCGGACCUCACCUCAGGCCCACGGACACAUUCUUGGCUUACUUGCCACUUGCGCACAUUCUCGAGUUCAUCGUCGAGUGCUCGCUCAUGUAUGUGGGCUUGACAAUGGGUUACGGAGGAGUCAAGACGCUUACGCCUGCGGGAACCAAGAACUGCUUGGGUGACAUUGCUUGCUUCAAGCCCUCGGUCUUGGUUGGUGUGCCCACAGUUUGGGAGACCAUCCGCAAGGGUAUCAACACAAAGGUCAAUGCUGGCCCCACUGUUGCCAAGUACGCCUUCCGCGGCGCCAUGACUUGGAAGAAGAACAAGAUUCCUCUGCUUUCUUCUGCAUCCGAAAUCGUAUUUAACAAGGUGCGCGCCCAGACCGGAGGCAGACUGCGCGUCGCGCUCAGUGGAGGUGCUGCCAUCUCCAAAGAGACGCAAGAAUUUUUGGACUUGGCGCUCAUGCAGCUCUUGCAAGGAUACGGAAUGACCGAGUCUUGCGGGUGAGUUCAGGCUUUCCCACGCUGCUCGACAUUUUAUUCUUCUGCUCACAUCUGAAAUUCUUUUGGCAAAUGACUCCUGCAGCAUGUGCACGAUCGGCACGCCUGUCUACAACGCGUACAGAACUGUUGGCGUCCCUAGCCCAGCCAUUGAGAUCAAACUGGUCGACGUGCCAGACGCGGGAUACCACGCCACCAACUCGCCCCCUCAGGGAGAGGUUUGGAUUCGAGGCCCAGCUGUUACCAAGGGAUACUUUAAGCGCGACGAGGUCACCAAAGAGACCAUCACAGAGGAUGGAUGGCUCAAGACUGGUGAUGUUGGCCAGUGGAACGAGGAUGGCACGCUGAGCAUCAUUGACAGGAAGAAGAAUCUUGUCAAGCUGUCGGGUGGAGAGUAUGUCGCGCUGGAGAAACUUGAGAGUGUGUACAAGAGCUGCGAUGUUGUGCAGAACAUCUGCGUUCAUGCGGAUAGCAACAACAGCAAGCCCAUGGCCAUCGUAUUCCCUCGCGAGGAUGGCCUCAAGCAAUUCACCUCAAAGAGUCUUGAAGAGGCGGCAGAGGAUGAGGAUGUGGCCAAUCAGGUGCUCAAGUCGCUCAAUGAGGUCGGCAAGAAGGGUGGUCUUAGAGGCCAAGAGAUUCUCGAUGUUGUCGUGCUCGUGCCUGAGGACCUGCCCAUGACUGCAGCUCAAAAGUUGGAGCGCGGCAAAGCUGUCAAGAAGUACGAGGACAAGGUGAAGAAGGUCUACUCCUAG